AUGUCUGCCCCAAGUCUGGCCGAGAAGCUUGACAAGAUUCGGUCGCCGAAUCUGCAAAGCCAGCAGCAGACGUCCGUUAUCUUGCGAGCAGUCGAGUCAACCCUGAAAGACCAGAACUCCGAGCCCACGCCAACAGCGUAUUUUGCAGCUCUCCUUGCGCUUCUGGGACAAACACCUCCUGGAGGUCAGAAGAAGGACCUCGCCACAGCCAUCGUAUAUCUUCUCGACGUCGUCACGCCCUUCGCUCCACAGCCUCUCCUCCGCGCCAGAUUCACCCAGAUCCUCCAGCUCCUCGCACCUGUCGUGUCACAACCAGAAGCAGAUGCACCGCUCCUCAGGCCGUCGAUUGGAUGCUUAGAGUCCCUCCUGUUAGCGCAGGACUCGGCAUCAUGGGAGCUCACCGUCUCAGAAAUGGGCCCCCGGAGUGCUGUCUCUGGUCUUUUGAACCUGUCCCUCGACCCGCGACCUAAAGUCCGAAAGCGAGCACAGGAAGCCUUGAAAAAUGUGCUUAAGAACCCUCCCCCAACCCCGUCACUCGACCACCCUGCAGCCGACAUGUGCGCCGAGGCGGCUAUGAUGAACUUGACCGAGCUGGCAGAUAGCGCCACUCGCUCACGCAAGGAGAAGAAGGCCAAAGAUACGAGUCAAGAUCCUAUCACAAUUCAUGCGCUUCAAUUAAUCAAGACGAUCGCAUCUGGCAGUGGGGGGUGGCCAAGCAAGAAGAUAGAGUCCUUGUGCGAACUCCUCAUUGGCAUUGCCCGCACUGGAAAUGAGCACAUGACCAUGGCCAUUUUUGAGAUAUUCGACAUGAUCUUUGAAGGAAUGGCAGCGGACGAAGUCGCCUCAGCAAAACUCCCUCGAUUACUCGACAUCAUCUCCGAAUUGCGCCCUGCCUCCGAUGACACACAACUCCUACCGUCGUGGAUAGCCAUCCUGUCCCGAGGUUACGAGGUGUCUGCUCAAAUCGAGCCUGAAGACACCUUCAUGAAACUCCCCGAACUGUUCCAAUUAGUAUCACAGUUCUUCGAGUCCCCGUCAGAUAAUAUCCGAAUCUCGGCGUCCGAGUGUCUCGUGUCGUUCCUUGCAACCUGCAUACCGAACCAGGUCAUAUUAGAUCCCUCUGUCUACGACGAAAAGACACUAGAAAAGGUCGUCAACGUGGUAGAGGGUCUUUUUCGCGUCAAAUACCAAGCUGCAUGGGCCGAGACCUUCAAUGUCGUCGGUGCUAUGUUCGAUUGCCUCCGGUGGAGGGCUCAUCCUUACCUCCUGAACGUGACCAAGACGGUUGGGGAGAUGAGAGGGAGUGGUUCUUUCGUCAAUAAGCAGGAAGCGGAUGAGGUUCUGGGGAAAGCCAUCAGGGCAAUGGGACCAGGUGCGGUUCUCGAGGUCCUUCCCUUAAAUCUAGCGAAACCAGCAAAGGGACAACCUGGGAGAGCAUGGUUGCUUCCCCUGCUAAGAGACUACACGACAAAUACGAAUCUGGCGCACUUCCGGUCGGAGCUCGUUCCUCUGAGCGAGGUGAUGUUCCAGAGGGUCUUGGACCAUGGAGGUUCGGACAAGACUAUGGAGGUCAAGAUCUUUGAAACUGUGGUUCAUCAGAUCUGGUCUACCUUGCCCGGAUAUUGCGACUUGCCACUUGAUCUCCGCGAAGCCUUCGACCAGUCUUUUGCCGAACUCCUGGCCAACCUUCUCUACCAAAAGGUCGAGCUUCGCCUCGAUAUCUGCAAGGGCCUCAAGACGCUUGUGGAGUCAAAUCAAGCAAUCGCGUCGAUUGAAGAGGAAGAUGACCUUAUCCUUCAAAGUCGUGUGACCAAGCAGCAGGCACGAGAGAACCUCGAGUACCUGGGCUCUUUUGCGGGAAAUUUCCUGGCUGUUUUAUUCAACGUCUACGGGCAAACUCUUCCACACUCGCGCGGCUCAAUUCUGCAGACCAUCAACGCUUACUUGAGUAUAACGCCAUCGCCGGAAUUGACGGAGACAUUCGACCGAGUCUGCAAAAUGCUGGCGUCAUCAAUCCAAGAGGCAUCUUCCAAGACGGAUAAGGAUGGGAAAAAGGGAGGGAGCGAAAAGAUGCCCGCUACUACCCAUACUCUCAUGGACCUCGUCAUAACCAUGUCCAUUUAUCUUCCCAGGGAAAGCUUUGCAGCGCUCUUCGAGAUUUCUUCAGUGGUCAUCAUGAAAGACAGCGACCCACAGCUGCAAAAGAAAGCUUACAAGCUUAUUCCUCGCCUGGCCGAGUCCGACACUGGAAAGAUUGCGCUACAAGAGCGCCAAGUCGAGCUGCAGGCUUUGAUGUUGUCAAGCGGAGAGAAAUGCUCUGCCCCAGCCCGCCGAGAGCGGUUGGCAGCGAUGUCUGCCAUGGUCCCCUUCAUUCCAAACGACGCAUUGCACUUCAUUCCAGCAAUUUUGUCCGAGGUUGUAAUUGGAUGCAAGGAGCAGAAUGAAAGAGCGAGAUCUACAGCCUUCGAGCUCUUGAUUCUUCUGGGAAAGAAGAUGGAGUCAGCGACCGGGGCGACGAUCGACAACAGCAAAGUCCCUCACAUGCCUAAAGAUGCCCCAUCGGCGACUGCCAACAUCGAAGAAUUCUUCACGAUGGUGAGCGCUGGUCUUGCAGGUAGCACGCCGCAUAUGAUCUCCGCCUCCAUUACGGCAAUAAGCCGCAUCCUCUACGAUUUCAAAGAAUCCUUGAGCCCUCAGACCCUCGCUGAGAUUGUGCAGACUAUGGACCUAUUCCUGACGUCCAACAAUCGAGAAAUCGUGAAGAGUGUCCUCGGCUUUGUCAAAGUCUGCGUCAUCAGCCUUCCCAGGGAUUUGGUGGAGCCGAGACUGGGCACUCUCAUACCUAACCUCAUGGUCUGGAGUAACGAACACAAGGGCCACUUCCGUGCCAAGGUCAAGCACAUCCUGGAGCGAAUGAUCCGCAGAUUUGGUUUUGAAAUCGUAAAUAAGCACUGCCCAGAAGACGACCGAAAGCUCAUCAACAAUAUCCGCAAGACAAGGGAUCGGACCAAGAGGAAGAAGGAUGCUGCCAAGGAGAACGGUGAGGAGGCUGAUGAAGAGCCGAAGCGAGGCAAGAGGGCCUUUGACAGCGAAUUCGACAAGGCCUUGUACAGCAGCAGCGAGGAUGAGGCAGAAUCUGAUGUCUCUGAUGAUGAGCGGGCACCGAAAGGAAAGAAGGGCAAGCAGCAGAGGGGCAAGGCUUACAUCGUUGAGGACGAAGACGAGCCACUCGAUCUGCUGGACCGCAGGGCCCUCGCGAACAUCUCUUCGACCAAGCCCGUCAAGAUGCGCGGUCCCACCAGAACGAAGGCAAAGGUCGACCUCGACGGCAAACUUAUCCUCGGCGACGAGAAGGCGGAUGCCGAGGAGAUGGACAUCGAUGCUGCGCCAGCCGGGGAGAGCGGAGUCAAUGCUUACGUCUCUGCGCUCAAGGGCAAGGACGCCCCGAAGAAGGGGCUGCGUGGCAAGCUCAAGUGGUCCAACAAGAAGGGCCAGGACGAUAAUGACGACGAGGACGGCAUGGACGUCGACGAGGAUGAUGCGGCUGCUAUCAAGUCGAAGAUAAGCAAGGGAAAUAGCAAGCCGCGUGGAGGUGGUCCUGCGCGCGGAGGCGCUCACGCCCGUGGGAAUAGGUCUGGCAAGGGCAUCGCGGCAGGGCGGAGAGGACUAGGCGAGGACAAGCGGCGGGGACCGCCAACGAACGGCAGGGUGAUGAAGUCCAGGGGAGGACGUAGGUAA